CCCUAGGAAGGCAUAGAUACUUUCUAGCGCAUCUCUUCCUCUCUUUCGUCCGCUUCACUCCCCAUCGAUCUUUUCCACCCCUCGUUUAUUCUUUCUUUCAUACACCACUGUAUCCGUUUGCUUGUACCAUUGCCAUUUGGAUCGUCUGCCCCCUCCACGUUUCGCCAGGCACGAGGUCAAGACCGGGUCUCUGUGCUUUGGCCUCGUAUAAAAAGCUUUGACGGCGUGAAUCCAAUUCUCUCUUUCGCUACACUUCCUCCUUCUUCUCCACAUCAUUUUCUCUUCAAGGAUUCAUUCGACAUGGGCAUCGCAAUCAACCCCGCCAUGGACUCCUACCAAAGUUCGAAGCGGAACGCAGUCCUUAUUCCAGAGCUCGCCUUCAUGAUACAGCAACACCUAGACCCGCACGACCUAGCCAUUGCUUCUCGAGUGUGCAGAAACUGGCAGGAAGCAUGGACACCUUUUCUGUACUACGCUGUGCGGUACCGCCAUCGCCAACACUCCUACCAUGCCAACUUACCUCUCUCCACACAUUCCCCGCCAGAAUUGUUGCUGCUGCAGCAGUAUGCGAUGCCCUUCUUGAACCUCGACAAAUACGGGCGCUGGAUCAAGGUUCUGCAAGCAUCCAAUCUGGUUGUCGCACACCACUAUUCAGGCGCAGUAACUUCCUGCUCGACCAUCAAGGCAGCAACAGCAGCAGCGCUAUCGCCAACAACAGCAGGAUCAAUUGUCCCAUGCAGCCCAUCACCUGUACAGGACCAUCUGCUCCAGAUCCAGGCGUGCGCCAGCUUAAACUUGACAGAACUACAUAUCACCAAGACAGUGAUGAGCCUUGCGAGACUGGAUGAUUUAUUGAGCUCGUUGCCACUGCUCAAAGUCUUCAAGUUCGAGAUCGUCAACAAGGUCGAGCCCAUUACCACGUCCUGGCAUUCGAGGAGCGGGAGUAACGGAUACAUGCAACACCACCAAUCGAAUCUCCUGCUCAAGAAGCCCAAGCGGAUCAGUCUCGAGGGUCUAGAACCAGAGGCCGUGCGAAUCAUCGCCCGGAGACUCUCCAGCAACCUCGAGCGACUCGAACUCAUCUUUUCUGUCACCGGUACGAUCGUUGCAUCCGCUUUCGAGGAGUUGUUUGCGAACUGCGGGUCGACUCUGAAAACGCUCUCGCUUACGCGGGCAAAAAUCUGCCAGUGGGAUUACAGUCGAGAAUUGAGCGCUUCUUACCAGGCCGAAAUUUCGGCGCUCCUUGCCAGCCUUUCAGGAACUUCUAUCUCACCCCUGCCUACAGCUGCAGCAACAACACAACCCCUGCAGACGACCACGGCAGCGUCUUCACCUGCGACUAUGUCAUCGUUGUCAUCGUAUUCUUCCAUCACAUCAGCUUACUCCACGUCCGCCUCCUCCACAUCCUCUUUACAACGAGACACUCACAGUUACUCCAAAGUAGCGUCAGCACUCGAGUCAUUGUCUCUGAACUCGUGUACGAUCGAGGACCGCGAGUGCGCCUGGCUCUUGAAAUGCACCCCUGGUCUCCGGGAACUUCACUUGCACGACUGUCGACUACUCGAUGAGCACGUUGUACAGUCGAUUCUCACAUACACUCCUUUGCUCGAGACAAUCUCCCUGAGUUCAGUUCCUCACAUCCAUCCGGACACUCUGCAGCUGCUGUUUCGAACAAACCAAACUUCAGCAGGAUCAGGACCCUCGACGUCAACAGGAAAGCCAGUCGAUCGGGCAGGUCUCCAGCUUAAGAAUGUUCGACUGGCUUACCUGUUGCAACUAGACGACACCGUCAUGAAGACGCUCGCUGCUCACCAAGGUCCCAGCCUUGUGACCCUGUCUCUUCAAUGGUGCCCCCAUGUCACGGACGAAGGAAUCAUCCCUAUUUUCAAACACUGCGAAAAACUGCAGGACCUCAGCCUAUACCUCUCUAAACCGACGUUGAACAUUUUUAAGGAUCUCACCGAGCCAACCGGGACAGAGAAGAAACUCUGGGCGUGUGCCCAGACACUGGAGCGACUCGAAAUCGGGGGACAGAUGUUUGUGGACCGAAUUCGCACCAGCAGCGAGCAUCUGCACCCUCAGCUCUAUCAUCACAUGUCGCCCAACCCGCACCAUAUCCGUAACGGGAGCACGCCUCAAGUCGCUGGUAUCAACAGCAUCAAUAGCAGCAGUAGUCAAUCGUGCAACAUCAUCCGCGAUCCAUAUUCGGUAGCGCAUCACCAGGGAUACCCUAUGUAUCAUUUGUGGAGAUACGAGCGGUACAGUAAUCCGUUUACGGAGCUGCAAGCCCAGCUCGAAACACUACCGCGUUUGGCGCAUCUGGGGAUUUCAGCCAAGGGGGUCGAGCAUCUGAUCCAAAAGGGGUUUGGACCGAAAGUCCGGCUCCAGUCCCUGAAAUUGAUGAAUCAACAAGGACGCUUUUGGAGCCCAAAAGAACUCGCGGAUCUGCUGAGACACAUGCCUCAGCUGCGGACUCUUUCUUGCGAGAAGAACACGAUCUUGACUACACCAGCAUCUUGUCGACGGGACACAGCGCUGCACAAGCGACAGGAGGAGAUGAGGCGGCUCUUGCAGCAGCAUCGCAUCGAGCUGGUGCAGUCAGUGUCAUCGCCCGGUAUGUGCGCACGCGAUUACAUGUAGAUACAUUCCCAAAAUAUAACCACAAAACCCAUUCACAUCAA